AUUAAUUUUCUUCUUCUCUUUUACUCCACAGCCCUUUAAUCCUGUGAUUUUUGUUUACUCUCCACCUUUUUUACACUUUUGAGUGAUCUUUAUCUCUCUCUCUCUCUUGGGUGCAGGUGAGUUUUCUACAAUAUACUCUACUUCAUCCUCUACCUCUCUCUCUCUCUCUCUCUCUCUCUCUCCCCCCCCCCCCCCCCUUCUGUAGUCUAUAAUAACCUCUCCAUCCAACAAAACCAUCUCCCUUCUCACCUUUCACCAUGGGAGACCCUUACUCCAAUUUCUUCACUGGUCGGUACAAUUUCAAUCCUCUUUUCCACCAUUUCUCUUCAUCUUCUUCUUCUUCUUCUUCUUCCUCUAACCCAUCUCAUCCUCCUCCUCAUACCUACAACUACUACAAUAAUUUCAACAACUCAUCCACUCACUUUUAUUCCCCACCUCCAUCUCCUCCUCUAAGAGAAGCACUUCCCCUUCUCAGUUUAAGCCCAAUCAGACAUGAAGAAGAAGAAGAACCCUCUUGCAGUGCCAUGGAAGAAGACAAGAACAAGACCAAAGAAAAUGGACACAACUUCUAUUCUAAUCCUACUGAUGAUGAAACUGUAACUGUUGCCCUACAUAUAGGGCUUCCCAGCCCUAGUAUUGCUGCUGAUCUGAUCUCUAGAGUCUCUUCUUCUACUGAGAUGACAGAUAAAGAAGGAGUAAGUAUUGUUUCUGGUUAUCAACCUAAUAGACCCAACAAGGGUCAGUAUUGGAUCCCUACCCCUUCUCAGAUUCUAAUUGGUCCUACCCAGUUCUCAUGUCCUGUUUGCUGCAAGACCUUCAACAGAUACAACAACAUGCAGAUGCAUAUGUGGGGGCAUGGAUCACAGUAUAGGAAAGGUCCAGAAUCACUAAGAGGAACUCAACCAACAGCCAUGCUUAGGCUACCUUGCUAUUGUUGUGCACCAGGGUGUAGGAACAACAUAGAUCAUCCAAGGGCAAAACCUCUCAAAGACUUCAGAACCCUUCAAACCCAUUACAAAAGAAAGCAUGGAAUCAAGCCUUUCAUGUGUAGGAAAUGUGGUAAGGCUUUUGCAGUGAGAGGUGAUUGGAGAACCCAUGAGAAGAAUUGUGGGAAGCUGUGGUAUUGCAUAUGUGGAUCUGAUUUUAAGCAUAAGAGAUCUCUCAAAGACCAUAUUAAAGCUUUUGGACAUGGACAUGCAGCUUAUGGUAUUGAUUGUUUUGAAGAAGAAGAUGAACCUGCCUCUGAAAUUGAACAAGAUGAAGAGUCUUCACAGUGAUGAUACAGAUGAACUUGGUCUUAAAUUUUGGUGAAUUCUCUGGUGGGUUG